AUGGAUCGUGACCAACAAGAAGAAAAGUCCAUCAAGAUCGCCCAUCAAAUCGACGGCUGGAUGCAGUGCCUCCACACCGACUUCAGCGUCCACACGACCUUGGCAGGCCUCGCCAAGUUCGACAGCGAUUUCUCACCCCAAGCCUCGGCUCUACUCAAAAUUGUCAUCGAAUCGAUAUUCAACACCGCCCACAAGCACAAGGAGGCGAUCGACAUUGUCAACGACUGGGCCAAAAGAGUGGUGGACAACCUCACCAUGUACGCACACCUGCGCCAGCACAACGUCCCUGAUGCUGUUUGCCAACCUUGCCUCUGUGUCCUGGACGAGGUCAAAGUGCUCGGCGAGGCCGUCACCAAGCUCGAUGCUAGCCUCCGGCACGUCGCGUGUGCUGCUGGCAACAUGACCAUGCUUGUUGCUCAAGUGACCAACGAUUUCAAGUCGUCGAGUACGUACUACGAGCAAACCUACUCAAAAGCCGUCAAAGCAGGCCGCAUGAACACGGUCACCGACGGCCUCCACGGAGGCGCAUUCUUGGGAGCAAUUGCAGGACCCUUUGGCGUCGUGGUUGGCUUCAUCGUUGCCGCAGUCCAAACGUCGCGUCAAGAAGCGCAGCAGCUGCGCAAGCUGCGCACAUCCUUCGAUGCAAAGCUCGCAGAGAUCGCGGACCAAGUCAAGGACAUUUCGGCACGCGUUGCAUCGACCCAACGCAUCCUCACAGCUGCACGAUCGGCUCUCGAGCGCGAUCAAGUGCUCGUUUACGACUUGAAUUCCAAGCGUCAGGUCGCUCAAGUGCGCUCAUCGUUGCAAUCUUCAGGCUUAUCGACAGCUCACUACGAAGCGCUCAUCGCCAAGUGCAACAAGUUCAUCGAGCUUCACACUCGGUGA